UAUUAUUCUCAGCAGUUGUAUUUUCAAGGCUAUUAGCCUUAAGGUGAGCAAGUGCAUCAACCCUCCAUUCCAGGUACCUUUGACCGGAUAAAUCAAGAAUGUCAAAUUCUCUCUUGGUGAUGUUGGCCAUUUGAAAACUACAAAACAAUAAAUUUUAAUUUUAUUUUGAAAACUACAAAACAAUAAAUUUUAAUUUUAUUAUUAUUGUUUUGUUAAAAAUUAAGUGAAUGGGUGUAGUAAGGUAAGAGCAUAAUAUAUUUAAAUAAUGCAAACAUAUGAAAAGAAAAAUGUCAGACAUGUGAGGACAUGUGAGCUGUGCGCCUCUCCAACCCUUUUCUCCUAACUUAUUCUAUAAAAAGUUGAUUCCCUUUUUUUUCUUUUUCCUUUUUUUCUUAUUUAAAUCAAAAUCAAAUAAAAGAAGACAAAAAAAUGUGUAGUAUGUCUUCCGUUUUUUUUAAUAAGGAGGAAAAAAAAAUUUCAUACCCACUAAUAAUUCGUUUGAUUCAGCUGACAUAAAAUUACACAUAAUAAAGUUAGCAGGUGAAAAGGAAACCACCCGUAUGAAUUGAAUGAAUAGACCACAUAUUUAAAUUUGAUUCCUUUUGAGAAGUAAUGAAUAGAAGAAUAUAAAACACAACAAGUUAAAAAUUGUCUGUUCCUUUUGAAUGGAUAUGGGGCCUCCACACUAUUACAUAUUACGGAGUAUUAUAUUAAUAUUUCCUCUCACACUCACAUGCUUUGUAUAUCAUUCCUUAUACCUCUAUUCAUGAUAUAUCAUACCAUAUUAUCAUGUUCAUUCUUAAACCCAAAUUAGAAGAUUACAAAGUGAGAUUUUCUAUUUCUAUCAAAGAUGUGUACAAGAAAAAUUCAAGAGUAGCAGGAAGGUAAGUUCAUCAUAUUUUGAUUUUAAUGAUUUUUUUUCAAGAGUAGUCUUUAUUUAAAAAUAAUAAAUUUUUUUUAAUCUUAAAUAAUUCGUAUUAAAUCAACUCUUUGUUUUUAGUUUAUAAAAAAUGAUUUUUUUUAUUUUUAUGAGUAAACUUCUUCCUUUUAAUUAUCUAAUUUUAAUUUUAUAACUAUAAGUUUCUGAUGUGAAGGAUCCCAACUUUGGGCAAUCACAGAGCAUACUUCUCAUAGUUUUUAAGAAAAUAUUUUAGUUUGUUCAUGAAGAAAAUAAAAUAAAUAUACCUUCUGAGAAAAACAAGGAUUCUGAGAUUUUGAGCAAAUUCGUGCUGAUAACGUGUUAUAAAAAGAGAGAAAAACUACUCAAAAUUAUAAAAAUAGAUAUAAUAUAUUUCUGAUUUCUUCUCUCUAGUAACUCUUCACUCUUCUUUUUAUUCUUAAUGGUGAUUACAAUGCAGAGAUUAGGCCUCUAUUUAUAGUGGAGAGCCUUGCCCAGUCUCUGUUCUUUUUGUUUCUCUCGGCCGCGGCAAAUUUUCUAGUCCUACAGUUCCACGCGAUGUAUCAUCGUCACUUCCUUCGCCGUUUGCUCGCCAUUCCGGCCACUGUUCGCCGCCGGUCACUCUCAACCUUGGCCUUCGAUGAAAUACGUUCGCCGCCGGAUCGUUCAUACAAGUUCACCGCUUUCGUUCUUCACGGCCUGUUAGGCUCCGGUCGCAACUGGCGUUCCUUCUCCCGCUCUCUCGCUUCUUCUCUUCCAUCCGGAUGGAGGAUGAUUUUGGUGGAUCUUAGGAAUCACGGUAGAUCGGCGGAACUUGGAUGCUUUGAGCAGCCACACACGAUGAAAAAUGCUGCAAAUGAUCUGGCCACUCUGAUCGAAUCACAAGGUUGGAAUUGGCCAGAUGUUGUUAUUGGCCACUCAAUGGGCGGCAAGGUGGCACUGCAGUUCGCUCAGAGCUGUUCUCGCGGUGAUUAUGGCCAACCAGCUCAAUUGCCUAAGCAGGGCAGCUGUGGGUUUUGGACUCUGUUCCAGGGAAAGUGGGCCGUGAAAAUAGUGAUGGAGAAGUUGAGAAAGUUUUGCAUACCUUGAAGAGCUUACCUUCAUCUAUACCAUCACGAAAGUGAAGUCUAUAUCUUAAAGAAUUCUAAUGCAGGAUACAUGUCUAAUGUAUGACUUAAAAGCAUGCUAGUAGGUUUACACCAAAUAAUGUAUACCAUCCAAAUUUUGUACUACACAGACCUAACUCCUCGUUUGUGUCGCACAAACACAACUCAUCUGUACAAUUACACUUCGUCUCUGUCACAGAUGAUAGUUUGUUAAGUAUAACUUUUGAUUGGUGUACACUUGGUGUACAAAUAAAAUUUUAUAGGAAUUAAGAUCAUUUACUUGA